AUGUAUAGUCUGGCUCUGGCUCUGGUUCCUCCCGAGGACUAUCGACUCGGAACAAGCCCGUCAUUCGUUGACCAUGCAGGGGCAGUUCGAAUAAUUCGGGAUACCGUGGGCUUUUCCAGAGCCACCAUCAAGUUCAUCCCCAAAGACGAUGGAGUCGAAGUCAAAAUUGAUGUUGACGACAGGACCGGAAAAUGGGGCUGUGCUUGGAUACUACAAACAAUAAAGCUUUCCACCAAGCCCGGGCAACGGAAAGAAAUGACAUGGGCCAGAGCCGGAGAGAUAACUUGGGCCCGCCUGAAACUCGCAGGAAAAUCAGAUGAAAAGCUUGUGGAUGUCGUCAAAGAUAUCAUUAUCAUGGGAACACUUGAGCUUGCAAAUGUUCCAUCUUGCAUAGCAACAUCCCUGGCCAAAGCGCUGUGUGAAAGCCAGCUCACAGUUCUCAAGAUCACCAGAUCCAUGGUCUUUUCAGAGGAAGUGGCAAAAAUGCUGGCACAUAUCCUAUCAAAUUGCAAAACACUGGAAGGCUUGGAGCUUGCAUCAUGCAAUUUUUCCGGUGCAUCUCUCGAGUCAGUCCAGCUGGUUGCUGAUGCCUUGAAGAGAAGCAGGCUUCAGUCAUUUAGCUUUGAAACUCAUGGCAGACGGGGUAGCCUUGCCCUUGCCUUGCUGCUUGGCAAAGGGUUGGUGGGCCACAAAACUCUCAAGAGCUUAUGCUUUUCCGGGCACACAUUUCAUACUGUGGAUGCCGUGGCUGCCCAAGUGAUCCUCUCCAAAGAAAAUUGCAUGGUGAAGGAGUUGUACAUCAAUUGUUGCACUGAUGCGGAGCCCACAGAGCUUGUGGGGCUUCCAAAUUUCACCGGUGGGGCUGUUAAUGUUGUGGAUGCAGUGGCUGCUUCUUUGAAUGACAAUCGGACAGUCACCCUUCUUGAUUUGUCUGAUACCAAAGUUGUGUCUGACAAACAGAUGGAGGCACUGGCUGGUGUGUUGUCCAAAAACACAGUUCUGGAUGAACUCAUUAUGGAAAGCUGUGGAAUCUCCAAAGAAGGGAUCAUUGCAUUUGCUUCUAUGCUCCCUGAAAUGCCAUGGCUGAGAAAGCUAAACUUGAACAUGACCAAGUGUGGUCCGGAGGUGUGUGAUGCCCUUCGGGGUGGCUUGGAGAAAGGGAACUUUGGCCUUCAUAUGCUUGAAUGUCAGACAGGACGCAGGUGGGGCUGUUGCUCCCCGUUGACUUAUUUCUAUGACUGUGAUGAGCAGUGUCGUCUGGCUAUUGAGUGCCGAUUGGCAGUGAACCGGGGUGGGUUGUCCCUCCUUGCCAAGCAAGACAGUGCCGAGAAAAAUGUCCCUUCGUCGCUUUGGCCUUACGUUUUUGGGAGGGCACAAACCGGCGGCGCAUAUUCCAAUGAUGUUGUAUUCAACCUUUUGAGGGCGCAGGUGGUCACCUUUGGUCCUGGCACUGUUUGA